AUGAAACAAGAAAAAACAGAUCGUCAAGAAAAGACCGGACGAAUAGCGCUCGAUCGUUUGUGUUGCACGUCUGGGUUGUUGCUGUCCAUCGCGUGCUGUGUCGCAGUUAUUCAUGUGGAAUUCAGGAUUCAGGAGCAGCAACGGUUAAUAUCACAAACAACAACAGUCUGUGAUCAGAUGGAGACUGAAAUACUGCGAAAAGUUCAAGAGAAUUUUAAACGUUGGGGAGGAAUGGCAGAGGAAAUAACUCAGACAAACACAGGUAGAGACCAGAAUGUGUUGUUUUAUAGCAGCCAUAAUAUUUGGGCCUAUUAUAAAACCGGUUUUGUGAAAAAAUCAACAACAAGAAAAGGUGAAUCUAUUCAUUCUCUGUAAUUUAAAAAAAGAGGAAAAUUUCUCACGAGCUUUGUGCGCGAUAUUUUUAAUCUGAACAUUGCCACAUACAGAUUUAUAGUCGAGUUAACUUUUUAGGCUCACGAAAACUUUGUAGUGAUAUUUGGUAUAAAUACCACGAGUGAUGUUUCAAAAUUGUUAUACGUAAUUUCACGAGCCGUUAGGCGAGUGAAAAUUGAGACAAUUUUGAAAUAUCACGAGUGGUAUUUAUGCCAAAUAUCACGUACAAAUCAUGCUAUUAUUUGUUUAUACUACUACCCACAAAAGGUUUGUAAUUUUCACAUGUAGGUAUUUCAAAUUAAGCUGAAAUACCACUGCUCUAAGCCAAUCAAAUUGCAGUAAUUUCUCAUGUAGUAGUAUAAGUAUUAUAAUUUUUGUUUUCUUGAUUAUACUCGUUCAGGACACAAACAGAGCAAUUUCAGAGUAAAAAGAAGUGCAAGCUCAUCACCGAGCAAACAAGUUAGUCCCACAGUAACACCCUCCUAUGCACAACUACUGAUACGAGACGAGCUGCGACUUUUGCAGAACCAAAUCUGCGCUAAAGAUCAUGUGUUAUGCCGUGCAGGACCGCGGGGAAAACCCGGCCGCCGUGGAAGACCCGGAAGCCCUGGGAAGCAUGGCCCCCAGGGAAUUCCAGGACCAAUGGGAAUAAAGGGAGAUCUGGGAGUACAGGGGGAUGUGGGACCACCCGGACCAAGAGGCCCCCAGGGAGAGAAGGGUCAGAAAGGCGAACAGGGAAGGUCGAUUUCUGCUCCCUUUUUCAUCGAAGCUCCUCCUGUUGAAAAGAAAAUCAACGACGGCCAAACAGCAAUAUUGAAAUGCACAGUAGACGGAAAUCCACAACCAAGGGUCACAUGGUCAAAGAGCAAAUCAUCACUUCCGGUUGGGCGUCACGUCCCUGGACCCAGUAACGCGCUAGUUAUAAAGAAAGUGAAACCAGAAGAUACCGGAAUCUACAGCUGCAGUGCGGAAAACCUGCUGGGAAGUGCCAAAGCCUCAGUACAGUUAACGGUUCAAUGUAAGUGUCACGAAUGGCCCAUUUUAAAACAGGCAACUAAUUAAAAGACUCUAAUUUUUAGAACUCAUUUUCACAAAUUGUUUUAUCGGAUUCUGUUUUUUAACAGUUGCCCCGCGAUUAUUACUGAGUUCCAGUCGACUGCUGGCCGAAGAGGGACAAAAUAUCAGCAUCCCCUGCAGUGCCACUGGUCAGCCGCAGCCUAAUAUCACGUGGUCAAAAGCAUUCAGCAGUUUACCUGAGAGAGCUGUGGUGAGCGCCACAGCUUUGAAAAUCGUCAACGUAAAAAAAAAGGACGGCGGUGUAUAUAUUUGCAAAGCAGAGAAUAUACUGGGAAGGACAGAGGACACGAUACAAGUGAUGAUUUUCUCUUUGAAUUUUUCAGUUCUCCCUCCCAAAUAUCUUACUCCAUUCCUUGGGUCUCCUGUGCGACUGCCAUGUGAAGCCGAGAGUGACCUGAGUCCUAAAGUCACGUGGUUAAAGGAUGGCAAGCCAUUGCUUCCCGCUGAUACUAACAUUCUUCAAAACAACACACUAAUUAUACGUAAUGUAACCAAUUCACACGCUGGAUUGUACACUUGCAUAGCAAGCAAUGCUCUAUCGACAAUCGAGACUAGUGUAGAAAUAAAGACUCCAGUUACAGCUGCUUCCUGUUCUGUGAUACGUAAAUACGUCAGCGGCUCUAGCGGAAGUUUUGUAAUUGACCCAGAUGGCGAAGGAGGACUGGCACCGUUUAGGGUGUAUUGCGACAUGCGUGACAAAAAUGGGGUUGGCGUGACAGUCGUAAGUCAUAACAGUGAGAGCAGAACACUAGUGGAUGGAUAUGAUAAUCAUGGUAGUUACUCACGCAGCAUUCACUACUCAGGAGUUACCUUGUCUCAGCUAGCAAAUCUUACUCUGGUCUCUACGUAUUGCGAACAAUUCAUCAAAUAUGAAUGCUAUGGCUCUGUGUUUUGGCUUGGAAAUUCAUCGCCUGCUGGUUGGUGGGUAUCACGUGAUUCUUCACAAAUGUUGUACUGGGGUGGAGCGUCGCCUAGAAAUAACAGUUGCGCAUGCGGGAUGACCAACUCGUGUGCAGACUCAAGUCAAACGUGUAACUGUGAUAAGAAUGACGCAGAGUGGCGAGAGGACAGCGGUCUUCUCACAGACAAGGACCAUCUUCCAGUCAAAGAGCUCAGGUUUGGAGAUACAGGAAUUAACGGCCCCAACAAUGUUGCCGAUGAAAAGGGCUACCACACUCUUGGAAAACUGAAGUGUUAUGGUAUAGCAAAUGCAUAA